CCGGUUCAAGGGGGACGUUGAAGUGUGACGACAUCAGUGCGGCAACGGAAGCGAGUGUGACGAAACCAAAGUCCAAAGCUUGCUGGGGGCAGGCUGUGAAGGAUUUGCCGAGUGCCAUGGCAGCGGCCGAAGGACUCAUGGAUUACUCAUUGUCCGAUGGUUCUAAGGGGAACAAGGGCAAGGGAGAAUCAGGAAUUUCCGGUUCAAGGGGGACGUUGAAGUGUGACGACAUCAGUGCGGCAACGGAAGCGAGUGUGACGAAACCAAAGUCCAAAGCUUGCUGGGGGUGUGGCGGUCAGCACUUGCAGCGGAAUUGUCCCGAGAACCAAAAGUUGGCUGCCUUGAAGCAAGUGGAGUCCGAGGAGGAUUCUGCGUUGGUGACAGUGAAUCCCUUGCGUUUGGUCUGAUGGCACCGUGAAAGUCAUCAGGG